UGGUAGUUCAAAUGUAAGGAAUAUUUCUGAUAACAACUGGAGGCCGGCGAUAUUUGAAAUAUGGUCGACAGUGUAAUAUGGAAGUUUUCCGUGUGUAUAUAUUCAUUAUGGUGAUAUAUUCGAGAAAAAAUUCAUCAGGAGCUUUAACAAACGAUCAUGUUUGUGGGAGACCGAUCGGGACAGAGUUUCGCCUGGAAGAAGACAGAAUCGUCGCCGGGUAUGACGUUGGAUAUUACAGAUAUCCUUGGUACGCUGCCCUAAUAAGGUACAACUCCGUAUCGUGUGGUGGCGCUCUCAUCGGACCAAGGACUAUUGUAACAGCUGCCCAUUGCUUCAAAGAGUACCUAAAUCUAGAAAGUAAAGGUUAUUUGAACCUGGCUUCAGUUUACACUGUAAAACUGGGAGCUUACAAUAUUUGCGAAACUGAACGGACUCGAAGGGACUACACUGUGGAGAAGGUACUUAUUCACGAAGAAUAUCAGAAGAAGAAACCCUACUUCGACAUAGCUCUACUGAUAUUAGCGGACGACACUAGCCAAUACCGGCCAAUUUGUUUACCACAGUCUGAACUCAAGAAAAAACCGGAAUCUGGUACCGUGCCCGGAUUGGGUGUCCUGAAAUACCAUGGAGCUAUGCCAUGUACCCUACAUGAAGCUAGACUGUUGGUCUACAACGAUACGGAUUGUUUCAACAUGAUAAAAAAUACAGGAAAUGAUGCAAAUGCCAUAAAAAAUGCAUUUUGUGCCGGUUAUAUCCAAGGAGGAAUAGAUACGUGUCAGGGAGACAGUGGAGGACCUUUUCAAUCAAUGAACUCGGAUGGGGAUUAUGUUUUACUAGGAAUCGUUUCAUUUGGAUUUCGUUGUGCGACUCCAGGGCUUCUAGGCAUGUACACAGAUGUAUCCGAGUAUCUCGACUGGAUUGAAGAAAAAACUGGACUAGACGCUGGAAUAAUUAAUGCGAUUUAUAACAAAACAACAACAACGAAACCUCCGAUCACUAGCACUGGUCUCGGGCACCAGAAGAGAAGACCUCAUUUUGGAAGACCGUUUCGACGUCCGAUCAGGAUUGUUGUUUACAGAAAUAAACAAUUUCAAUCGAUAACUAAAUCAAUUCUACAUCAUCCAAUCUUGAGAUAUACCUGAUUAUGUGUUUCAUAUAAACAAUAUAAUUAAUAUCAAAGGCAUUCAAGACAGUGUAUCUAGAAUAAGAAUAUCAAAC